AUGGCCACCAUCUUCAAUGUCAAUGCUGGCAAGAAACUGAGACUGCUGGCAGGUCUAAAUGGUGGAAUUGUGUCUGGGCUUAACCCUGGACUGGUGGUGGGGGGCCUGAACCCUGGCGUCCUCCCUGGUGGCACUGGGUUGAUUGGGCAGCCUCAGUUUGCCCAGAUGGUCCCAGGUGUCCCCACGUAUGUCAUGCAACCACAAGCUGUUCCCAAUGGUCCCUAUGGUUUCCCCAAUGUCGGGAUGCUGCAGCCUCAACUGUUCCCUAACUUCCCUGGGCAGUACCAGUAUCCUGCCCCACCAGCUAAUGGGCUGCCUUACUACAUGGGUGUCCCUCAAAUGGCAGGAAUGAAUCCUCCACAACAGCAAGUCAUGGGAGUCCAAGGUGCAGGUGGGAUUCCCAUGAUGCAACAGCAGCAGCCACAGCAGGGUCCUCAACAAGCAGAGCCCGUGAGAAGAUUCAAGGUACAGUAAUGGUCAUUGACUGUACAGUACAUGUGGCUCAUGGUCAAUAGUGUAUUUCAAUCUGUAAUUGACUCUGUGUAAGAAAAGGAAUCUACAGUAGUUAAUG